GCCUAUCACGAUCCGCAUAGUACACGCGCGGUACACAUAGUGUGAUACGACGGAUUGCGGAGAAUCACACAAACGCACAAUAAAAUUAAAUAAUAAUAAUAAUAAUAGUCGUCACUGGUAUCAUAUCGCUGUCGUGGUUGUCGUCCGCCGCCGCCGCCGCCGCCGUUGGUUAUCACGAAAAUGUGUUAUUCGUCACAUUCGUCUCUGCCGAUCGUGUGGCCGUCGUCGUCCGUCAAUGCCCGACGACUAUCGUGAAAAACGACGUUCAUCGAUUUUCCGCGUUCCGUGAUUAUUGUUCCGCUCCGGUAUUGUCGCGCGCGCGCGCGCGCUCUCGUCAUCGCUUCGUCAGCGUUUGCCAACCGUUCGUCGAUCGCUAACCCGUACGGUCGGACGCGGAAACCAUUAUUACGCCUACACACACACACACACACACACAGCGCCUGCUCCGUGGACAUACGCGUCGUCCACUCGUACGUCCGUGUGCCGCUGCCGUUCGCGUUCACCAUUCCGGUUUUCUAGUGAACCGAUCGCUCUCGGUUUUCUACCCACCGCUGACGACUCCGUCCAGUCGUCGGUCCGUGUCGCGGUCAGGUACACUCGUACGCGCGCGCACACGACCAUUGGUCGACCAGCUGCCGUCCGUAUAAAUGACUCGAGACGACUAGUGCACGCGCGAAAAUGGGACAAAAAGUUAGCAGUCUCGGUGACGUGUUCUCUUGGAAGAACGGAGAGUCGUCCAGAAACGGAGAGUCGUCUAGAAAUGGAGAAUUGUCCAGAAACAGUGAAGCCUCAAUGGCUUCAAAUGAUGGUAGACCUAUGGCCACCGAUGGCGUUAGUGUGUCGAGCAACAAAGCGCCGGACAGGCAGCACUUUGAAAACAUUUAUGUCGCAAAUGCAGCUGACCCGCAGCCAUCGUCUUCAUCACAGCCUCUACCUUCACCGGACGUGAUUUGUCCAGAACACCCGAGAUGUUGCAACGCUUCAACACUGGUCGUUAACGACACUGCUGCUGCUGCUGCUGACACUGCUGAAACCACAACGAAGAACAUACAGACCUCUUCCAAAAGUAUCUCUGGCUCCAAGAAGCUUAACCACUGGGUGUUACGAUUCAAUUGCUCCAGGCCAAAGUCAAAGAGUACUAAAUGCUGCACCACUCCACCCCAGAGUGUGCCAGAAACAAACGAAGUUAAAUGUGUGUGUACUCGAUACCAACGCACAGACGAUCAUCAUCAAAGCGCUGGUAUGAUUUUUGAUACUACACAAGCCAUUGAAGAGGAGCAAAGUGACGACGAGGAACUGAUGCCACCGCAAAAUGAUAUGCUAGACUUUGAGGGCGCGUUUAAUACUUUCAAUGCGUUCGAAGGUCAUAGUGAAUUAGUGCUACCAUCGUUUGAUGAUGUCGUUCCAUUGGACUUGGAUACGGAUAUGGGUAGUGAAGACUUUAUGAAUGAAGACUUUGAAGACAGAGCUUAUAGAGAACGGGCGAAAGAAAUCCAAGAAGGCAUAGAUCCACCUCCAGGAUUCAGGCCCGGAGUUAUACAGCUGUUAGAAUUAGGCUGGCCUAAAAGGACAAUAGAUAGUUUAACAUCAAUGUUCAAUUAUAGAGCUGCAGUCACUGCUAUUACUGUACGUGAUAUGGAUGACAGUCAUAUAAUACAUACAUCCAUUGAUUAUAUCCAUUAUUUAGUUCCUGAUUUGCUUCAAAUCACAAAUUGCUCGUUUUAUUGGGGCAAAAUGGAUAGAUAUGAGGCUGAAAAAUUACUUGAAAACAGACCUGAAGGCACUUUUUUACUUAGAGAUUCCGCUCAAGAAGAGUAUUUGUUUUCUGUAAGCUUCAGAAAGUAUGGCCGAUCCUUACAUGCACGAAUUGAACAAUGGAAUCAUCUCUUUAGUUUUGAUUCAAGAGAUCCUGGUGUAUUUGCAUCUUCUACGGUUUGUGGACUUAUAGAACAUUACAAAGAUCCUUCUUGCUGUAUGUUCUUUGAACCUAUGUUGACUAUACCAUUUCCAAGAAACUUUACUUUUUCUCUACAACAUACAUGCCGCGCAACUAUAUGUAGCCAAAUUACCUAUGAUGAUGUAAAUCAAUUAAAACUUCCAAAAUUAUUAAAAUCAUACUUAAAAGAAUAUCACUAUAAGCAGCGAGUAAGGAUACGUCAAUUUGAUUCAGAAAAUUAGAUCCUUUUUUUUUUUUACAAAUCAUUUAGUUCAAUUAUAUUUUAUUUCAAUA